AUGGGAAGCCCUCUCGAUGUGGGAAAGUUGGAGCAAUAUCUUAAAGCCCCCACUCACAAUAGUCAAACCGUAUUAGGAUUAACCCCCAUUGAAUUUGUUUCCCCCAUUACGGUUAAGCAAUUUCGAUUUGGUCAGUCUAAUCCUACAUACUAUUUGAAGGAUGCCAAUGGCAGAGAGGCAGUGUUAAGACGUAAGCCCAUACAAAACAGUAAGCUUGUGUCGAAGUCUGCUCAUGCCGUGGAACGUGAGUUCUAUUUGCUUAGAGGCAUUGGGAUAGCCAAUCAGAAGAAUGCCAGAAAGGUCCCAAUUCCUCAAACAUAUUUGUUAUGUGAAGAUGAACUGGUGAUUGGAUAUGUUUUCUAUGUUAUGGAGUUUAUCAAUGGGAAAGCCAUUAAGGUUCCUGAAAUGCCUGGGAUCCCCGAGGAACAGCAAUUGAAAUAUUGGGAUUCAAUCAUGGAAACUUUGGCUGCAAUCCAUAGUUUAGAUGCAGUGGAAUUGAUUAAAACAUUACCUGCUACUCAUUUCCCUCAAUUCCAAUUGGAUAAGGUGGAAAAGCUUUCCAGUUCCACCUAUUUCGAAAGACAAGUGAGAACUAUGCUGGCAGUUUCCAAGAAACAAAGUCAAACUGUGGAUCCCAUUCCUCAUUUCGAUUUUAUCUGUCAAUGGAUCCUCAAUAGAGCACCACAAGAUCCAAAUAAUUUGACGUUGGUUCAUGGAGAUUUCAAGAUUGAUAACCUUUUAUUUGAUGAUGAGAAAGUCGUCACCGUUUUGGAUUGGGAGUUGUGUACAUUUGGACAUCCCAUCUUUGACUUAUCCAACUUUCUUCAAUCAUACGACUUGCCUAAAGAUUUGAAUGCGAUGUUCUACAACGACCCCGAUGUCCAAGUCGGCAAAGAGUUGAAACAAAGCACCGAAAAGCUUGCGAGGGAGUUGAGACUCUAUCAAUCCAAAUAUGGCAGGUCCACUUGGAAAGAUAACGAUCCAAAGAACAACCCCUUAGAUCUUUGGCCUGUGGGGUUUGUGUUUGGGCUCUUGAGAUUGUGUGUUAUCAGUCAAGGUAUUGCUAUGAGAAGUAAGGGUGGCACAGCAUCCAGUGCUCAAGCUCAAGCGUUUGGUCUGAUGUAUCCAUUCCUAGCUGAUUUGACAAAGAAGCACAUUGAAGAGGUUGAGGCUGGUUCGAAGCUUUAG